AUGUCUGCCCGCAGAGGCAGAGAACUCCCCCGGGAAGUGGCCAUCUCCAAGGCCAUGUCCAAUCUCCUGCGGCAUUCGGCGGAGAAGGAGAAGGUGAAGAUUAGCCCGGAGGGAUAUGUCAAUGUUGCUGAUUUGCUCGCGUGGAGAAAACUCAAAUCCCUCAAAGUCACGUUCCCCGAGAUCCUUGAUGCCGUCGCCAACUCGGACAAGAAGCGCUUUUCGCUGCUGUACGUUCCGCCUGCUGAUCAGCAGCAGCAGCAACAACAGCAGCAGGAGAAGGCCGCCCAGACGGCGAGUUCAGAGGAAAAACAGGAGAAUGCGACGGCGCACGCUCUCUCCGUCAAGGAUACCGAUCCGUCGCACUUCCUGAUCCGCGCGACGCAGGGCCACAGCAUGAAGAGCGUCGACACGACGCUGUUUCUCGAGAAGCUGACGCUGAAAGACGAUCCGCCGCUAUCGCAGCCUCUGCCAGACACGGUCGUCCACGGCACCUAUCACGGCGCGUGGCCGCUGAUCCUGGCGUCUGGGGGACUCAAGUCCAUGGGGCGCACGCAGGUGCAUUUCGCGACGGGGCCGUCGCUGGACGAGGUCCUGCCGAACGGGCGCCAGGGCCGGCCGACGCAGCAGCAGAAGCAGACGGUCAUCUCGGGGAUGCGGUCGGACGCGCAGAUCCUGAUCUACAUCGACCUGAAGAAGGCGCUCGCGGCGGGGUGUCCGUUCUACCGCAGCGAGAACGGGGUGAUUCUGAGCGAGGGUAUCGACGUGACCAGAGGAGCUGGGGGCGACGACGAGGAGUCGGCCGAGACGAAGGAGAAGGUCGUCCCGCUGGAGUUUUUUGAUGUGGUGGUCGAGCGCAAGGUCGGGUUGGGGAUCCUGUGGGAGAAUGGCCGGGUGGUACAGGAGUUGCCGGCCGAGCUGGCGGGCAAGAAGAAUCCGAAGAUGAGGGGGGAAGCGAAGGGGAAGAGAAAUAAAUAG